GCGUUGAAGCACGGGCCAAGCGGGCUUUUCAGCCCCGCUUCUUCUCUCCCUGAUAUUCUUCCCAUCACUACCAUUUUCACUAGCUUUUCUCUUCCUUCCCUUCUUCUUUCCCAUAAUACCAAUGGCAGUAACCGAUGAAACACCAUCACCCGCAACGAUACCAUCCCCCUCCCCAGCUUACAUACACCCACGUAGAGAGCCAUUCGAACACGGCCUAUUACCGAUCCCAAAGCUAAUUUUCACCGACGGAACACAAACCCUAGGUCCGAUUAAGGACAAGCUAUUGUCCCUUUCGUCUGAAUCAACUUACCGUGUUAACCCGGAAUCCAUUGCUGAGUCCCUUCAGAUCUCGCCUGACCAAGCUCAACUUCUCCUUGAAACCAUUGCCUGUGUUCUUCACUCCGUCUCUGACCCUCUCGUUACCGCUAAGCCCUCUGAGAUUGGGUCUGUUGGUGUUAAUGUAUUUGAUUUGGUUGUAUUUUUGUACAUUCAGAGUUACAAGAGGUUGCUCCCUAAAGGACAUAAGGAUUCAGCUGCUGUAGCUGAUGUUUGGCCCUCCACUUCAGCUUUCGAUGGGUUCUUGUCUGCAUUGUCACCAUUGCAGCUUGCACGUAGCAAUAGUCGACGAAAUAUGCCAUCACAGUCUGAUGAAGAGGCUCAUCAGUUAUCCUAUUUACAAAAGCACCUAGGGAACAUUCUGUCUCUUUUGUCGGAGUCAGUGGAAGGAGAUUGCGAGGAAUCACUGGUUCUGUCUGCAGAGAAGUUUGAGCAUCUUGGCUUUAUAUUCUAUUUUGGUGAAAAAGGAUCUGAGAAUAUCCCAUUGAGUCAGAAUGCCCCAUUUUUUGCCAAUUCAGAUCCAAACAUGCCAGCUGUUCCUGUUCCUGCAGCUCAGCUACAUGAUUGGCUUCUACAAAAUAUAGCGUCUACAUUGGAACACAUAACUGAGAGUAGGGCUUCUGCAAAGGAAAAUGGACCAACGAGUGCCCCCGAUCAGGAUGUGCCAAUGGCUGAUGUCUCUGCAAGUACAGUAAAGAAUUCAUCAAGUCCUAGAGGCCCAAAUUUCAUUGAGGGAAUCUCUAAAACAUCAUAUGUACGGAAGCCAAAUGAUCUUAAAGGCUCUUCUGUGAAGGUUGUCAAUUGCCAUGAAUCAGUCCUUUACAUUUUAGCACCGCUGACAUAUGCUACAGUAUAUGGAUGCUCUGAUGCAACCAUUGUCUUGGGAGCUGUUGGCAAGGCUGUAAGAGUUGAACAUUGUGAACGUGUGCAUGUAAUAGCAGCGGCUAAACGUAUCUGUAUCGCCAACUGUCGUGAAUGUGUUUUUUUCCUGGGAGUGAAUCAAGCACCACUUGUUGUUGGUGAUAACCAUAAAUUGCAGGUUGCUCCAUACAAUACUUUUUACCCUCAACUGGAGGAGCACCUAAAUGGAGUUGGUAUCGACCCAGCCAUCAACAAAUGGCAUGAACCCAUGGCUCUUGGUGUUGUUGAUCCCCAUGAUUCACUGUCACAUCCUGCAGGUGUCUCUGAUGUGCAGACUGAAUCUGCCAGCUGUGUAGACCCUGAUCAGUUCAUUAACUUUCUGAUUCCGAAUUGGUCUGAAGGUGAGCAAUCUGGGUCAACAAAAGACAAUCCAUUCCCUUUACCUGAUGCUUUCCUGGCAUCAAAGCAGAGAAAUCAUAAAAACUUGGAAGGUCUUAAGCAGAUUUUGCAGGAAGUUGACCUUGAAGAGAGCCGGAAAAAGGAAUUAACAACAGCUCUUCAUGGGUGCUUUAAAGACUGGUUAUAUGCUUCAGGAAAUAUACGGCAAUUGUACUUUCUUCAAAAUGAUUAGAGUUCUACAUAGAUCAUAAUGCAGUGUUGCAAGGAGUAGCAGAAACACUUGACUUUUCCUGUAGAUUUCAGUUUCAGCCAUGGAAGUUCCUCUUUUGCCAUUUCUUUUGGAGGCAGCUGGGAGUUUAAUGCUAUUGCCUGUGCAGCUAUGAACAAGUUCACACUGUUGUAACUGUUGUGCAGAUUUUAGUUAGAAUGUUGUAUUCUUUCAAGCAAAAUACAUUUUUCAUGUACUAAUACAGUAGCUUGUAUUUUUAUUUUUUUUAAAAAAAAAUUAGGUUCUUAAUUUCUCCCGA